CAACACUUGAAGCGCACCCCACACCUGACGCUUGCGCGAGUUGCGCCAAGGAAUGCUCCGCUUGACGGUAAAAGCUGGGCGCCAAGAGCUUGACGGAGGACGUUCCCUCACAGCUGCACACCUGGGAGUGUCCUCCGCUUGACGGCGGAACCCGCCCCCUUGACUUCCGCAAGCGCGCGCGCGCGAUGCCCGCAUUAAGCGGAGAAUUCUCCCCCCUUCUUCCCCUCUCCACGCGGUCGGGACAUCAGGGCAUUUCGCCACGUGGCGCACGGCCAUUCGCUUUUUCCCACCUCCCCGCAUUCAACGCUCACGUUCCACAGGCCCUCCCCGUCCGGAAUGCGCGUCGAUCGCGGCAGCUCCGUAAACCACGCACGCCCGAGCGAGUGGGGAAGAAACGAGGAAAGGGAAAGCGAGGGUGCUGGCAAUGCGGGUUUUAGAAACCACUAUGUGACCUUGGGAGUGCCGAAGCGCGCCAGCAAGCAGGAGAUUAAGGCUGCCUUUAGACGGUUGGCUCGCAAGUGUCAUCCGGACGUGUCGCAUCACCACCAGUCCACUCAGGCAUUCCGUGCGAUUCUGGCUGCUUAUGAGGUUCUAUCCAACGACCAGCAACGGCAGCAGUACGACUUCACACUCGCACCAGAAGAGACAGCCACCGGGCCUUACCGGACCCAACCUACACAUUUCUACUGGGGCCCGCAUGGUCAUCCUUCCGCCGCUGCUGCUGCCACCACCUCAGCAUCUGCAGGUGCAGCGGCAGCAGCAGCAGCAUCAGAGUCAGCUCCCUACUCCUCCGCUGCAUUCCCUCGUGAUACAGGUGACUGGUGGGUUCCCCCCUCCACAUCCUACCGACCUGGCACCCGCUCAUCUGCCUACUCAGCAUCAGCAUCAGCAUCAUCAGCCAACUCGUCAGCAGAGGAAGCAGGAGCAGCAGAAGAUUCCCACCAGGAUUCAGCCUCCUUUUUCCGCUGGCCGCUCAACUACUCGCAGGUGAAGUCGGGGGUCAGACGGCAGCGCAGAGCAGCGCACAGCCAAGCCCAAGCGCAGUCCGACGCCCGGUUCUACCGUGCAAGCGCUGCAUAUGGCUCGCACACCACUCAUGAUGAACAGCAGCAGCAGCAGCAGCAGCAGCAAGAUGGAGGUAGGUGGGAGCAAUGGGAAACACAGCAACGGCACACGAGAAGAUCACACAGCCACAGCCACAGCCACUCAUAUAGGGAGGCUUAUGACAAGCAACGCCGGGGUGGUAACCGCACACAUCCACGCCACCGAUCGGAUGACCGUGCGGACGAAUGGGAUCGAUCCAGGUGGCAGGAGGAGGAGGAGGAGGGGGCAGAAGGCAGGCAUCCCUCCUUGGAGCCCUUCACCCUCCCUCUAUCCUUCUCACGCGUUUUCCUCGGCCCAUGGGUGGCCGACGCGCGCCGCUUCGCCCUCUACCGCCUCCGCUCGCUCUUCCCAGGCGGUCUCCGGUCUGUCUCGUCCGCCCUAUCCCUGUCAUUCGCCCUCUUCCUUCUCUUCUCAUGUGCUGUGGCGUUCGGCAGCGAGCGCUUGCUAGGCGUGCUCGCCUUUGCUCUCAUGUGGGGAACCAGCGCGGGUACCAGAUAGCCGGGAUUGUGGCGUGGCGCCUGGGGGGGGUGAGGGGUCUGGUUCUGGUUGUGGGGUUGAGUGCGGUUCAGUGGGUUGCUGGGCCCAUGUUUUGCCACAGGACGGCGGCAUUGGUGGCGGUCGUGGUGUGGCUGGGAGGACAGGUGGCGGCUCGGCUCUCGAUUUCACCGCUGGUGCUGGCUUUGCUUGCGUCUAGGUUGGUGCAUGUUUGGGACAAGGAUUAAUAAUGCCAAUAGCUGCGGUGUAUAUAAUGUGUAAGCAAGCACCCGAGAAUACUCGU